UCCCUGCCUUAGGACCCUCCCCUCGCGGCCCCCUUUCCCCGACCCCACCCCCUUCCUCACCCGCCCCGUCCGGGCCCCUGCCGCUCACUGCCCCGGCAUCAUGUCCCGCUCCGAGGAGGUCAACCGGCUCACGGAAAACGUCUACCGGGCAAUCCUGGACCAAUUCAACCCCAGUCUGAGGAAUUUUGUUACUAUGGGGAAAAAUUAUCAGAAGGCACUCUCAGGAGUUACAGUGGCUGCCAAGGGUUAUUUUGAUGCCUUGGUGAAACUUGGUGAGUUGGCCAGCGACAGUCAAGGGUCCAAGGAGCUGGGUGACACAUUAUUCCAGAUGGCUGAGGUCCACCGACAGAUCCAAGUACAGCUGGAGGAGACGCUGAAGCUUUUCCACUCGGAGCUGUUGUCCCAACUGGAACACAAACUGGAACUGGACAUCAAGUAUCUCAUGGCCACCCUGAAGAAAUAUCAAGGUGAACACCGUUCCAAAGCAGAUUCCAUUGAGAAGUGCCAGGCAGAGCUGAAGAAACUACGCAAAAAAUGCCAGAACAGCAAAAACCCACAGAAAUAUGGUGAUCGGGAGGUGCAGUAUGUGGAAGUCAUGAGCACCAAACAAAGUGAGCUGGAUCGGUAUGUGGCUGAAGGCUACAAGGCAGCCCUGACCGAAGAGAGGCGCCGCUACUCCUUCCUGGUGGAUCGUCAAUGUGCCGUUUCCAAACAUUUCAGCAACUAUCACAGUAAGGUACGGGAACUGCUAGCCACCAAGUUGCCCAUCUGGCAAACAUCAUGUACCCAGCCCACCCGGUUGCCAGAGCGGGCACUGGCCUUGGUCAAGCUCACAGCCAACAACAUCUCCAGUGGAGCUCCCAUCCCUGAUCCUGGAAGAUCCCCUGACCCCCUCUCUAACUCCAAGAUCCUGGAAGAGCUGUCAGAGUUAGGAGCAAAUCAUCGUGCUUCGGUCCAGGAGGUGACCCCAUUGCCAAAUGGUGACUCACACCGUGGACGUGGUUCUCGGGACUUGGGCCAUCCACCAACUAAUGAACCCAUCACCAUCACAUCAGGUCUUCCACCCACACAAACCACGCAGACCCCUCCACAGACCAAGACUGCUGACAGCUACUCCUGCACCCUGCCGAUGCCACGCAAGAUGUCAAUGGAGACUCGCCUGGCAACAUUGGUGGAGAACAAGACCCUGCCCCGCAUCAGUCCCCUCUCGAUCCUGCCUUCCCGUUCUGAGCGCCGGAGGGUCCAGGCAAUAUUCUCACAUGCGGCAGGAGAGAACACCACUUUGCUCAACUUCCAGGAGGGAGAUGUUAUCCUUUUGUUGGUGACUGAGGCACGGGAUGGCUGGCAUUAUGGGGAAAAUGAGGCAACCAAAAUGAAAGGCUGGUUUCCUUUCUCCUACACUCGGCCGUUCCCUCCAGUUGAAGGGACUGAGAAAUUACUUGGCAGUGGCUUCCCCCUUAGCAAAAUGAACAGUAGCAGCACAGGAAAUUUGGACCGAGCUGGGUCUCCAUCUGUUGGCACUGAUAUUGGGGAUUGCCCACGAUAUGGUCCUUCACCUCGUGCCAGUACAUCUCGCCAGCGUCCUUACAGCAUGCUAAACCCAGACCUGUCACAACUAGCAAAUGAGUUUGGAAGUCCAACAUCUUCUCCUUCAAGGACCAACCCCUUUGCUCACAUCAGGCUGAAACGUACAGUGACCAAUGACCGCUCAGCCCCGCUCAUCCAGUGAGAGGAGACAGGAGAGGUGGACAGACUGCUGCCCCCACUUCUCUCUCUCACCCCCAGCACACCGCUUUUCCCAACUAAUGAAGCUCUUAAGACUCAGAAUGGGUGGCACCGGUUGAGCCAGUUUGGGCCUGUGUCCUUGUCACCCCUCCUUGUGACCAGUGAGUGUUUCGGCUCCCCCAGCCUUGGACCUGGGGAGAUGGUGUACAGCAGAGAGGCCACACAGUGUGACUUAGCGACGGAAACUCGUCCGGGGCAGCAUACCAACAGCAGAAGAACUGAAGGCAAAACGAGUGGAGGAAAGAGCUAAGGCCAUGGAGGCAGAGGUUGUGAAACAGUUGGAUGAGUAGAGGCAGAAGAAAGUUGGAGGAUGUAGGACCGGAGGGCAGAUGGAAGGAAGAGAAGACAAGGGUGGAGGAGUUCCUUGAGUGACUCUCACAUUACAUUGUGUGUGGAAGGUGUAUUCCUGAAUCUGGGCAUUUGGAUGCAGUUCAGAAACCAUAGAACACAGUGGCAAGUGCCCACUAAUUUUGCUAUGUGCGGUUUGCACCCUAUCUGGGAACAACCUCCUCUUGCCAAUGGCCUGUAUUCCACAAAAAGGAUUUUCAGAACUAGAAAGUGAGUUCUAUAUUCCAAUUGCAGCCAAUGUGCUUUAAGAGUCCCUGGUCUUGGUCUAUCAUAAAUUCACUUCCCUUUCUUUGGGUUCAGUCAGCCAAGGACUCACUUAAUCAUAGUUGUCAUAGGAUAGUCUAGCUGAGUGUACACAACUUUUCAUGCUAUGAUAGGGUUGCCUUUUAGUCUCACCCUGAUUUAUUCCAAAUAGUUAUUAAAAAUGUCAGGACUGAGAAAGAGAUAUGGUUUGGGGGGAGAGAAUGGAGCUAGUAUAAACAUGAUGGAAGAAUUCUGGAGUAUCUGAAUUCAAGAUUGAGCCGCAUAUGCAGUUGACUUGAUAUGUGAAUGCAUGUUACUUAGCUGCUCAAUAUGCAAAUCCGGUUCACUCAAGUUAGCAUCACUUGGCACUGUACUGUGUGAAUUGACUCCAUAGAAAAGCACUGCAUUUGGAGGAAAGUGUUCAUUCUAAAUGUACUGUCAUAUCCAUGUAUUCCAAUUAAUUCAUGGAAAUUCUCAAUUCAUCUUGGAAUCAUCAAGUGAUGAGCAUACAUGUGUGAAGCAGCCCUUGCUGACUUCAGAUAAAAUGUUGAGCAACCACCACUGAAAGGUUAAUGAUAUUUCAAAUGAUUUUUAUCUGCUUUGGCUGCUUAGGCAUGCAUGACAUUACAUGACAUUACCUUCACUAAGUGAUGGCAUUCAUGUCAACUUGUGUUCAGUGACAGAAAACAUGGAGGCCUUGAGGGUUGAAAAGGAGCUGAUUAAUUGUCAGAAAGUCUGGAAGUAUAACAUUUCCGGUAGUUGUUCAUGGUCUGCUGGAUAGUCCAUGAACAAUCUUGUCUAUCCAGCUAAUGAGUUUUGAGUUGUCUUCAACCAGAUGUUUGGAUACUUUAAUAGAAAAAACCAAUAUUAUAUUUUUCACUAACUUAAUUUCAUGAAACAAAGGCUACAAAUCUUCCUCAUGGUUUCAUGUUGCAAUUUAUAUUGAUUUGUAUAGUAUUUAACCAUAACUUUAUUACACUAGGAUACAUGGCAGCCUAUAAGAAAUUUAGAGAUUCUGCCAGGGUCCCCAAAUAGUAUAGUGGGUUGAAGACAGAAAAGACUGAACUUGGAUUCCUGAGUUUUGGGGAAAGAUUGUAGAUUAGAGCAAGAAAACUGAUUUUUUUAAAAUGAUUGGGUUUAUUUGCGUAAUUUUAGUUGCUGGAAUGACAGCAGUAUUCCUGUUUUGGGGACCAAAGGGCAGGCAUUUUGGUCCAAGGCCAGGUUGAGUAAUUCAACUGUUAAUUUUGUCAGAAGAAGGAAAUUUUUAUUUAUCUGUAGACGAAAUAGCGUACUGCUUUAUUACCUGUUCCCUUUCCCACAGGGCAACUAAACCUGGGUUCAAGAAUCAAGAGGCUGUCCCUGCAGGAACAGAUAUGCUAUUACAAAAUCCUUAAUCAGGCUGGCCCUGCUUUUCAUAUGCUGUCAUCCAGCCUUCUUUAUAGAAUUUUAUGGGAGGGCUAAGACAUUGACCUCUUCUACUUCCAACCCUCCUAUAUUUUAUCACCAUUGUAUUUCUUUUUUCCAUUUUGUUUCUUUCCAUGCAGAAAACCUGCUAGGGAGGCAAAGGUGGACUACAUGCAUGCUGUCUCUGGCUUAGUAGCAUAAGGAGUUGUACAUUUGGAAGCACCCUAAAUGGAUUCAGUUUGGGGUCACACUGUAUAUACCACAUCGCUCUCAUUCUUUAGUUGGCUUUACCUUUGGCAGUAUUAAGUCGUCUUCCAUGCCAAAUUGAAUGGUUCCCUACUCACCUUGUUCUGAUAGAUUCCGGAUAGUAUUAAACUGACAGUAUUAAAUCUUAACUGCAUUGGAAAUGGGAUGUUGAAAAAGCAGAUCAGCAGAACGAAACUUAAAACCUUCCAACUGUCCUGAUCUGGCAAACUCAGGGCCGAUUAAUCUUUUGUUGUCUCACUUUUCUCUCUCCCCCUUCUAUUUUCAUCUUUUGUCUUCAGUUUACUUCACUUGCUGGAAAUGUGUUCAUAAUGGAAAAAAUAGUUUGGACACAGUUAACUCAGCAGAUGAGAGCUUUGAGGAGGUACCAUCUUGCCCUUCCCAUUUAGGUCUGGCAAAACCAUAGCGAUGCACUCUCUCCUAGCUGUGUGUUCUUACUUGCUAAUUCCUUUUGUCAUCUCAUCCACACUCUGAUAUUAUGUAGACUUGUCCCAAUUUUCAUCUGUGAUGAAAAUCAGGUAUAAAAUAUAGCUAUUAGUUUGAAGAUGUAUAUUAUAUUUUUAAAAUCUGGAAUGUUAAGGUCCACAUUUGAUUAAGUGAAAGGAUGGGAAAAAUGAAUGCAUUGAUGAGGCCAGAUUGCAUUUCAGUAGAAGGUGGCUACAAAUGAAAUGCAGAAAGGGGUUGAAGAUGGAAAGAGAAGCAGCUUUCAGUUUUGGUGGAUGCUUCUGGAAUAACAUCUAAAAUUGGAAAUUGUUCUUUUUCUCUGCAAAAAAUAAAAAAUGUGUGUGUGCUUCAGGCCUAGGAAGGACCCGCAUAUAAAAAAAGGAGGGGUGUUGGUGCUCCUGUUCUAUUUUGACUAUUGCAUGGCAAUUAUUAAAUGUGAAUGUACCUUCUCUUCUCCUUCCAUUUCUGCUUGAUGUCCAAAAUUGUUCUUUAUCACAGAAUAGGCCCUGUUGGGUACCUGUCAGGACUGUGGUGUUAGCAGAUGUUGGACAGCCAGAAAUGGAACGUUAAUUUUUGUUGGGGUGAUAUAGUUUCAGGGUGGAAAUAUAGCUGCAAACAAUCUUUACAAAAUAACCAGACGUAGCAAAUUGUGAUUCUAAUGUGCUAUAUAUUGUGAACCUCUUAAGGUGGAUGUGUGCCUUACUAGCAGCAAGCGCCUAAUAUUACUGUACUUACAGUGUGAUCCUAUACAUAUCUACUCAGAAGUAACUCGUGUUGAAUUCAGUGGUGCAUACUCCCAGGUGAGUAGGUACAGAAUUGCAGCCUUAGGGAUAUACUAAAAGAUAAGUGUAGUCUCUGCAUUUCCCACUCUUCACUAGAGACAAAUGACCCCCAUCACCACAACCUUUGUAUGUUGUUCCUUGUAUGUGACUGUUUCAACUGAAACAAUUAUCAGGUUCUUUGGCAUUUCCCAAAUUUCUACCUGAAAAGACAGACACAUCCAGGUAAAUUGUAGAAUGUCAUAUCUGUGUAAACGUUUACAAAUACCACAAUUCAUCACUGAAGGUUAAACUGUCUAGUAGUUUUGACAUUGGUAUGCUUUUCUUUCAAGAAGUGGGGGACAUGAUAUAUGAUUUACAGGAGCACAACUCUUUUUUAACAUCAACAAAGUGUGUGUGUGAGAGAGGUGAAGGUUAAUGAAAAGAGUGCAAGCUGGAUUGUUAUACUGUGGUUGUUUUUCAUGGACAUAUUCUUGUGAAUAUUUGAAAUGAGUACUGUAAGUACCAACCACCAGUUACCACAUUUAUCACAGUAUGCAGUGUAAUGGCUUCACAAAACUAGUUGCUUGUAUUGUCUGACUAAAUAGUGAUGCUUCAUACCAAGCCAUCAUCAAACCUGGAAUCAGGGAAGCAUUGAAGUGUUGAGAUUUGCCUCACUUCUUGGUUGAGACAAUAAAAGAUGUUUAGAUCAUUGAGCUAUUACACAUGCUCUGUGUUAGUUACUAACUGGAAAAAGCUUUUUUAAACUCUGAAACAACUGCUGCAUAUAGCUUCCAUCUUGGGGGUCUUAGACUCUUGUUUGCGUCUGUGUUUAAAAACAUCAGUGCAUUAGGACAUAUGAUAUGAAUGGUGCAGAUGGCCGUGGAGCUGUGGGGGAGUCUCAUUAGCUAUGUAUAUAUCUCUGUGUUGAUACUUGCUAAUUCUAAUAUUAAUAAAGUUUAAUAUAAACCUA